UUGGAAGACUUCAGGCUUACCGAGAAGAGGAGGAGCAUCGGAAAAAUCAGGAUCUGUAGCAUCAGAGUUCAUUACAACCAGGGUGUAGCAAGGGCAAUAGGACCAGGGUUGAGGAAGAAAUGGAGUAACAUCAGCCAAAACAGCAGAGAAAAAUGCUAUUUAAGUCAGAAGGAAUAUAAUAACUGCUGGUAUAUUCCUCCUGUCCAAGAAGAAUGGCACAUCCAGCAAAUAGAAGACCAGAGAACUCCAAAAUCGACUGGCAUUUGCCCACCAUUUCAUCCUCUGCGUCAGCUCAUCACAUGGGGAUACAGCAUCGGCAUCAGAUUGGUUGAAGAUUUCUUGGCUCGCUCUGCUGUGAAGAAGUGCCGCAGUUAUUCUGAAACUGCAGACAUAAUUGCACAGGUUGCUUUUAAGAUGUAUCUGGGUGUCACCCCUACUGUGACUUGCAACAAUGCAAUGGGAAAUGAGUUUUCUCUCAUUCUGGCCAAGAAUCCGUUAGUGGACUUUGUGGAGGAGCUACCAGCAAGUCGAUCAUCUCUUUGCUAUUGCAGCCUGUUGUCUGGGACCAUCAGAGGGGCUCUGGAAAUGAUACACCUAGCAGCUGACGUGAUUUUUCUUCAAGACACUCUGAAAGGAGAUGAUGUGACAGAAAUCCGAAUCACAUUCUUGAAGAAGGCUGAAACCAAGAAAUACAAGAGAAAUAAAUGAAACUGUUAUCAGAAAUAAUUAUGUAUAUAGGGUUAGCCAAGCCUCUACAGCUGCCUAAAAGAGGAACCUUCCAAUACAGGAAGGACCAUCCACCCAGAACAUGACUAAAAAUAAACAGUUUUUCUAGUCCAGGCCAUGCAUACCCAGAAGCUUGUUGAAGGAACAAGAAAUUAGCAUAUGGGAAUUUAAUAAGUGUAGUGCUCUAAAAUGUAUUUAUUACCAGGAAUUGAGUGGUGAAUAUCUGUAAAAUCUCUGCUCCCUGAAAAAUAUCCUUGCAUGCUGCUUCAUAUUGGAGCUGUGCUAUAGCUGUUUCAGUGAGGUAAAUUCUAGUGCUGUGAGGAACAAGGUUUUCUUAGGACUCUUAGGAUGAUAAUUCUCCUGAGGAAUUGCCUGAGGGAAUUUUCUCAGACCAGAUAAUUCCAUGAAAUGUAGUAAGUAGGACUAAAUGCAACCACCAAACCUUUCCAUGUUUGUUACAGUUCCCUGCAAUUAUACCUUUCCCAAAUUAAUGUCAUGAGGUAGGCAAUGUAAAAGAAGAUAAUGCAGCCCUAAAAUAAGCUCAAGAUGCUUUAGAAGCAAAAUGUAAUAACUACUUAAUAAACCCCUAAUACUUUCCCUACCCAGGACCCCUAACUGCUUCCCUGACACCAUCCAAAGACUGCUUCCUCACUUUUGACUCUUGCAUUUCUUGAGUUACCAUCAAAAUGAUGCCCACAUUUUUUGUCAGGCUUCUGACUGGCUUCUGCUUGGGCUGUCUCUGUUGAUAAAAGGACUUGCCAAUUGGGGUGUUUUUUUUUUAUUAUUAUUAUUUUAUCCUUUGGAUUUGAAGAUGUGUAUAAUUUUAAAGAAAUGGAAAGGGUGAAUGAGAUAUAUAAAUAUAUUAUCUGAACCAAAUUGUGCAUGAACUGAAGAAAUUAUAUGAGAAUGUAAAAUAUAUUUUUCUGUUUGGAGAUUAUUAUUCUGUCAAAAGCUAAACUAUGUGUUAAAUAAUUACCUUUGUUUAUGAUAGAGGUUUACCAAACACUUCUUCUGACAUAACGUUUAGUGAGCAAAAGUAGGAUCAAGACUUAGGUAAGAAAUGUAGCUUUCAUUAUGCAACUUCAACAGAAAUAUGGAUUCUGAGAAAUAAUCCACCCAAAACAGGGGUGAAAUCUACUUACUUCCUUACUGGUUCAGAAGCACACACACGCCUCACAUGUGCGCGCACACCUUCUGCACAUGCGGAAAAACCUGCACAUGCACAAAAACUGCAUGCACAGAAGGUAAAAAAACACCCGGGCAGCGAUUGCUACUGGAUCACCGAACCACAGGGAAAAAUCGCUACCGGAUCGGGCGAUCUGGUCCGAUCCAGGAGCAUUUCACCCCUGACCCAAAGACUUCCUGAGCAAAAAUUCUACGUUUUUGAAAACUAGUUCCUGGGGUAUUAUUUAAAAAAAAAAAAAACCUAUGGGAAAUUUCAAUUUCCAAGAAUCCUGAUUUGAAAUAUAUGGAAGGAUGGAUAUAUGCAAUUGCCCUCUUUAUUCAUUUAUUUAACAAAAUUUAUAAAGCCUUUUUGAUCCAUAUGGACUCUGAGCAGUUUACAAAUGUAAAAGUACAGCAAAAUAAAUGCAACGAUUAACAUAAUGACGAUACUCAAGAUACUAUGGUCAU